AUGCGCUACGUCCGAUCCAUCGUCCAGGAUACCCGCAAUAAAGCAGUAUCGCCGGCCCUUGUGCUUCGACUUCGUCAUGGGAUCGUCGGGAUGAUACAGACUGUCCGCAUGGCUCGAGUAGUGGUGAUGGACAAAGCUUUCGUCCAGGUAGACGACAGGGCCACGGGGGAACAUCAUCACUGUGGGGACCAUCAUGCCCACGUACGCGUCACGGGCGCCUUGCUCAUGCGAUACUCGGUGGCAUCCACACGAUUCCCCCUCGCAUAUCCUUGCUUGGCCAGGGCUAACACGUCCUUCCCGACCGUCCGGGCUCCAGUAACAUCCAGGUUGCCUUGCUCGCGGAGAGUCGCUUGGAGCCAAAGUAUGUCCAACUUCUCAUCGUACGACAAGCUGCGCCUACGGCGCAACUUGACGAACUGUUUGAUUCGAGCUGCGGUGGAAGCAUCCAUUGCGUUGACGUCGGAUUCGAUUUUGGCGCCGUAA